AUGGAGAACCCCUAUAGUCAUCUCGAUAACUUCUUACUUUACUGUGAUACAUUAAAAGUAAAUGGAGUUCCUCGUGAUGUUAUCUUGCUCAGGCUAUUUCUAUGCUCACUGAAGGAUGACGCAAGAGAUUGGCUGCAGUCUUUACCUGAAGGAAGUAUAACCGAUUGGGAUGACUUAGCAAGAAAAUUAUUGGCUAGAUUUUUCUCAGCUUCAAAGAUGGCAAGGCUCAAGGCGGAGAUCACUGCUUUUGAACAAAAAGAAAGCGAGUCUUUGUACGAGGCCUGUGAACGAUUCAAAGGAACACUCAGGAAGUGUCCUCAACAUGGAAUUGAAGCAAGGGAGAAGGCAAGAAUCUUUUUCCAAGGGAUGACAUCCAACACAAGAACACUGGUGAAUGCUGCUGCAGAAGGAUCCCUGAAAACAAAAACUCCAGAGGAAGCGCUGGAGUUACUGGAAUCUCUAACUUCUCAGGAAUUUGACAAUGCCACUGCCCCAGUUGCACAAAAGAGAGCAGGAAUUAUGAAGCUUGACGAGGCUCAUGCAACUGAGGAUUGUGAAUACAUAAGAGCAGCGGAAAAGCCACCAGUAGAGGUCAAUGGACUCUGGUAUGAUCAUAAGAAUCAGAAUCAACAUCCAGGGUUGAGUCACAAAUCCAACCAUCAGCUCAAUCCUCCCCUUCCAGUGCAACCAGAUACCCCACAACAAAGUAACACUUCUGAGUGGGAGAAAGCUUUUGCACAGCUAUUCAAGACCACUUCUGAUUAUGUUCAAGGUGCAAAUGCUUUCAGAGAGGACACAUCUGCUUUCAUGCAAGAGACUAGAUCAGCACACCGGAAUCAAGAAGCUUCCAUAAGAAAUCUGGAAAUUCAGAUUGGCCAGUUGUCGAAGCAAUUUUUUGAGAGAGCUCAGGGUACUUAUCCAAGCAACACAGUUGUUAAUCCAAGGGAGCAUUGCAAUGCUAUCACCACUAGGAGUGGGACA